AUGGCAGACGCCGACCCUCAGUUCUUGGCUAAAAUUGUCUUCUAUGCUCAAGAAAAAUACUUCAACCACAUCAUUCACUUGACAAAUAUAGAACUGUCAAAGCAUGCUUAUGAUCCAGUGAUGCUGUUCUUCAAGGCAAUUGGAACCAUAUUUCUUGGCCGGAUCCAAGAAGGCAUCUUUCUACUAGAGAAUGCCCAGAAACGUCAUGUCGAUGUCUCAUUAUGCUGCAUCCUGGGCCUCAUUCAUGCACACAAAAAAUGUGAAAUUGUUGAUUCCACUGAAAUUUUGGAGUGGGAGAACAAGUUAAAGGAACUAUGGAGAACUGCUGGAAGCAGUGCCUUGUAUUAUGCUGGGGUGUUUCUGUGGCUAGUAAAUCAGAAUGACAAAGCCAGAGAGUAUAUUGACAAAAUGCUGCAAAUAUCGAAUGGCGCAAGAGAGGGCCUUAUUUUGAAAGGAUGGAUAUAUGUUACAUCGGACAAACCGCACUAUGUUAAGAAGUCUAUCAAAUACUUGGACGAAGGGAUUCAAGACAAUGGAGAUAUAUUUGGGAUGAUGGGAAAGGCAACGUAUUUCACAGUGCAAAAAAAUUAUCCAGGUGCUCUGGAAAUAAUUAGUCAACUCGUGGUCACUUUUCCUUUCUUUACACCUGUCCUUGUCACCAAGAUGAGGCUACAUUUAGCGUUACAAGACUGGGAGCAAAGUAUGGAAGAAAGUAAAAGAAUCCUAGCCAAAGACGCCAAUGAUAUUGAUGCACUCCAGCACACGGUAAUGUAUCAUCUCGCUAUGACUGGGAAUAUGGAGUUGGCAUUACAACAACUGAAAGAAUUCAUCAAUGCUUUGGAGGUGAAAGAACCUCAAAGAUCAGAACUUCACCUUAAAAAAAUCCUUGUGGUCAGUAGGCUGUCUGGGAAUAAUCAAGAAAUCCUGCAGGAAGUGUAUGAAUUUGUUAAAAACUCCUAUAACAGACUCACCAACGUGGAUGCCCAGUUUAUGAAUGAACUAGGAUAUCAAUUGAGCCUUCAAGGAAAAUGGAAGGAAGCUUCUGUGUGGUACAGAAAAGCUGCAGAGUUAGAUGAAAACACUGCAGAAUCACUGACAGGCGUUAUUUGGUGCCUGGUGCUGGAAGGGAAGCUAGAAGAAGCAGAGCAGCAGUUAGAGUUCCUGAAGGAAGUUCAGCAAUCCACCGGAAAAACUGCAGUCCUGGCUUACCUUCAGGCUGUGAUCGCUUCGAGGCAAAGCAAGGACGAGCAGGCGGCCACCACCCUGCUCAAUGAAGCCGCCGACCUCCAUUUCGCCACUUUGCAGGGUGUUCCUCUGGGCGCCGAACACUACGAAAAGCUCAGUCCCCUGUUUGUGACUGAAAUUGUGAAAGAGUAUUUGGCCUUUUGCCCCAAGCAGCCUAGAUUACCUGGUCAGGUUUUAUCGUCUGUCCUUAAACAAUCAACUAUAGUUUUGAAUCCAGUCGUGAAGGCAGUUCCCGGGAUGAUAGAGCCACUUUAUCUAAUGGCACAGGUGAAAUAUUUAUCAGGAGAAGUCGAAACUGCCCAGGGCACCCUGCAGCGUUGCUUGGAGUUGGACCCUGCAUCAACAGACGCCAAUCUUCUGAUGGCCCAGAUCCACCUCUCUCAGAGAAACAUUAAAGAAUGUGCCCAUUCGCUGGAAACGGGGGUCAGCCAUAAUUUCCAGCUUCGCGAUCAUCCAAUGUACCACUUCAUCAGGGCCCAAGCGCUGAACAAAGCCGAGGACUAUCCCGAAGCCAUUAAAGUCUUGAAAAUGCUUCUCAGCUUACGUCAAUUGAAAGGGGAAGCUAAAAAGGGCAUGGGACCCCUUAUAACGACUAGUGAACAAGUUUCCAUAUACCUGGAACUGGUUGAAGCUCUUCGACUCAACGGGGAAUUGCAUGAAGCAACUAAGGUUAUGCAGGAUACCAUCAAUGAAUUCAGUGGGACACCAGAGAAAAUCCGUAUCACUGUUGCUAAUGCAGAUUUGGCUCUCAGUAAAGGGGAAGUGGAUUUAGCAUUAACAAUGCUGAGGAAUAUCACACCAAACCAGCCAUUUUACAUUGAGGUGAAGGAAAAGAUGGCUCAGAUUUACCUUCACAUCCGAAAGGAUAAGAGACUGUACAUUGGAUGCUAUUGUGAGCUGUGUGAAAAUGUGCCAAGCCCGCAUACAAGCCUUCUCUUAGGUGACGCUUACAUGAAUAUUCAAGAGCCUGAGAAAGCUUUGGAAGUUUAUGAAGCAGCUCAGAAGAAAAACCCCUUGGACGCAGCUGUAGCACGGAAGAUUGGACAGGCCUAUGUGAACACCCAUCAGUACAACAAGGCGAUCAAUUACUACGACGUUGCUCUCAAAAUGAGUGAGCAGGAUUUCUUGUGCCACGAUCUUGCGACUCUCCUCUUAAAGCUGAACAAGUUUGGCAAGGCUGAGAAGGUCCUAAACCAAGCACUGGAUCAUGACCCUGUUGAUGACGUGCCCUCUAUGAUGAAGGACGUCAAGAACCUAAUGUUAUUAGCAAAGGUUUAUAUGGCAUCGAAGAAAGGAGAAAGCGUUCUGGAAACUUUGAACAAGGCAUCUGACACCCAGCAAAGAAUACUGAAGCGAAUCCGGGUAGAGCAGCCUGAACUGAUUCCUCCUCAGAAACAAGUGGCUUUGGCAAUCGCCAUACAGUAUGCUGAAUUCCACCGAGCCGCAAAGAACUAUGCAGAAGCCGUGAAGUACUAUGUUGAUGCCCUGUCCUUUGUUCCCACGGACAGUAAGGUAGUGCUCGAAUUAGCUCGCCUGCAUUUGAUGCAAGGAGAGACGGAGCAGUGUGAGCAUUAUUGUUCUCUCCUGCUUCAAGAUGACAACAACAGUGAAAUUGGAACAAUGAUGAUGGCAGAUCUUCUGUUUAGAAAAGAGAAGUAUGACCAAGCCAUACAUCUGUACCGAAAUAUUCUGGAGAAAACAUCAGAUAAUUUCUUAGUCAUGGAGAGCUUGAUCGAUUUGCUAAGAAGAAGUGGCAAACUUGACGAAGCUAUACCAUUUUUUGAAAUGGCGGAGAACAAAUCAACCCGAACACCUUUGGAGCCCGGCUAUAAUUACUGCAAAGGACUGUAUUGCUGGCACAUGGGGCAGCCAAAUGAGGCCCUGAAGUUCUUCAACAAAGCUCGUAAGGAUAACGACUGGGGCCAGAAAGCCCUUAACAAAAUGAUUCAGAUCUGCCUAAAUCCUGACAAUGAGAUAAUCGGUGGAGAAGCUUUUGAGAACCAAAAUGGGGACGCGAGUAUCCUAAAGGAAAAAAGGGAAUCCGAGCAGCAUGGGAUCCGCACGGCAGAGAAGCUGCUCAAGGAGUUUUACGCCCACUCCCAAGAAGGUCACAACCAAGAGGAGAUGCUGCGGAACUACUGUUUAAUGGCCACCAAAGAGAAACAUAAUGUGGACAAGGCCUUGGCCGCAUUUACAGUUAUGGCCCAGAACCAGAUGGAAAAUAUCUCAGCGAUCCUGGCCCUGGCUCAAGCAAACCUGAUUCUCAAACAGACCGCCAAAGCCAGGACCCAGCUGAAGCGGCUGAGCAAAGCACCUUGGUCUCUGACAGACGCCGAAGAGUUGGAGAAGGGCUGGAUCUUGAUGGCUGACAUCCACUGCACCAAUGGAAAAUACGACCAUGCCGCGGAACUAUUAAACCGCUGCUUACGGUACAAUAAGUCGUGCUCUAAAGCAUAUGAAUGUCUGGGAUUUAUCGCAGAAAAGGAAAAGGCCUACAGAAAUGCGGCUGCUAACUAUGAGUUUGCUUGGAAAUACAGCAACCAAUCAAAUCCCGCUGUCGGAUUCAAACUUGCUUUCAAUUAUCUAAAAGACAAGAGAUAUGUGGAAGCGAUAGAUGUAUGCCAUGUUGUGCUGAAGUUAUGCCCAGGUUAUCCGAAAAUUCGAGAAGAAAUUUUGGAAAAGGCCCAGACAGCUCUCAGACCUUAGAAUUUGU